AUGAAACUAUUUUUAUUAAUUAUUAAUUUAAUUUAUUUGAUUAAUUAUUCAAAUUGUUCAACUAUAUUAUUUGCCAAUUUUUUUUCAUACGCAACAAGUGAUUGUAGUGGAGAAUCAAUUGGAUUUGGAUAUUCUUUAAAAAUUGAUGAAUGUUUGGGUGCAUUUCAACCAUUUCAACAAGUUGAUGAUAAUUUUUGGAAAAUUGAAUUUAAUAAAGAAUCAAAUUCAAUAAUUACAACAAGAUAUAGUGAAUGGAAUUUUAAUUGUAAUGGUUCAAGUGAUACUCAACAAUUUAUUAUUGGAAAUAAUGAAUGUUCAAUAAUGCCAAAUUUCACAGUGAUUGAAACUGGUACAAUCUCUGGUAUGAGUGAUAUUUGGUAUACUCGUGCUUCUAUUAGUAUUGGUAAACCAGAAUAUACACCAGGUUCCUUAUUAUCAGUUAGAGAAUAUUAUAAUGAUAAUUCUAGAGGUAAUUGUGAUAUGAAUAAUUUUCAAACUGCCGUUACCUACUCUCAAAAUUUAAAACUUUCCAUUCAAGAUACAAAUGAAUCAGAAACUUGGUUUUGUAAAAAUAAUGAAGCACUCGAAAACUUUUGUGAUUUCAAUGGUAAAAAUUGUCAAAUAUUCGAUAAUACCAUAUCAUGCAAUCCUUCAGAACAAUCUGGAAACCAAAAUUGGUAUUGUGUAACACCUUGA